AUGACAAAGCGAAAACCCGAAGCACUUAGUACAUUGGUACUCCACCAGUCCCAUCCGAAUUUCCCCCUCCACGCCAAUAAAUUUCUAUAUCUGGAGACGGCACCUAUACACGUCUGUCACAAGUCAGAAUUAAUUUGGUGCUCCACGACAAUAGCAAAAUCUGGUGCAAGCUAA